AUGCAUCGUUCCGACUCGGUUUCAUCCACAGGAUCCAGAUCAUCCGGAACAUUCGGAUAUCAUCAACGAUUACUCGAGGGUAGCUCUGGCCCGGCGUCGUUGUCUCGAGCUACCUCCCUGAACCAACGACCUCCAUCGAUCCUCAGUCCUCCUGCUGGUUCUACAAGUGCUCGAAAAUGGAUUCCAACUCAUAGAACUGGUCAGAGUGUUGAUAUGGUCCAAUCUAGAGCGGCGCUUUGGGAAGAACGAGCGCGAGCCAAUCUUGCUGAGAACCCUUCAACCCCUUCUAGUAGUGAUUCACCUCCUACUAGUCACCAUAUCCAUCGACGUUCUGUUGAUUUAAGUAGACCGCACCCAGAAACGGGCCUGCCACCGACGCCUCCAUCUAAGGUUGACACUCCUUCGAAGCGACAUACACUUUCAACUCCUUUAGAUUAUACCACCUACAAUCCUACAACAUCUUCGUCAUCAGCCGUGACCUCCACAAGCCCUCCUCUCGAGUCCAAUGUACCUUCAACACCACGCAGCACUUUACCAGGGUCAGUGCAAUCGGCUCAGGCGCCUCAACCAGACUCACACCAAGGCCCAUCUCACAAAUCAUGGCGCUCAUCGGAAUCAGUAGCACCCUCACUUACCGGAUCGUCAACAGGGUCGUCGAAUGCGUCAACUGAGACCGCUCAGCCGCAGACGCCUGCAACUCCUGCCUCGGAGUACAAGAGCUCAUUCAUGCUACAGCGGCGUAGUGCAAAGAAAUACAACGAGUCUCUGACGUCUGGACGUCGACUAGGCAGGCAUAUGCCUCGAAUAGCUAGCGGUGACGGUAAUGCCUCAGAGCCAGAGGAAGAUAAGCCGAAGUCCAAGCCUCUACCAGAACCACCUAUGGAAGAUAAAGGGCCCAUAAAAAGAUUCGACGAGUUUGACGACAAGAUGCGUACAUCUGCCCGCCAGGCCGCUGCCGAUAAGCUUAACGGCAUCAGUGGAAACGAGAGGAGAAUACGCGCUCCAAGUGCACCCACCCAGUGGGACUCCCAGAAGCUGCCUACUAGCCCACGAAGUCCUGUUGCGACUCAUUCUCCUUCUUCGUCCCAAGAACAUAACAUGCCUACCCUGACCUCAGGUGAAGACGUUGCUGGGGUUCCCGGCCGAGUACGUUUAUCACGAAGCGGAGCAACCUUUUCAGCGCCCACAACGCCGCUCAAGACAAGACCAGCUUCUGGUCUAUGGGCUGAUGUACAGCGUCAUAUGAUUCAGACGUAUGAGUACCUGUGUCACAUCGGAGAGGCUCAGCAGUGGAUUGAAGGGUGUCUUGGCGAAGAACUUAGCUUUGGAGUAGUCGAAAUGGACGAAGGUCUCCGAAAUGGCGUUGUUCUAGCGCGACUAGCUCAAGAUCCCCGACUCAAACUGGGAUGGAGACACACCGAUAAUAUCAAUCAUUUCUUGGUGUUUGUGCGCAAAGUUGGCCUACCAGAGUGUUUCAUAUUCAUAGUCACCGAUUUAUAUGAUAAGAAGAACUUUCCUAAAGUCGUCUAUUGUAUCCACGCACUUGCCCACUUGUUGUCUCGGCGGGGUAUGGCACAACGCAUUGGCAACCUCGUCGGAAGACUCAAGUUUACCGAUGAUCAGUUACAGCAAACACAGAAAGGUCUCAAGGCUGCAGGAGUUCCAAUGCCAAAUUUCGGUGACAUUGGACGAGAUCUCGCCAAAGAAAUCAACGAAGAAGAAGAGCAAGAGGUGGAAACAGAGGACGAACAGGUUGAGGACUCGAUCAUCAUGCUGCAGGCCCUUUGUCGGCAAUAUUUGGCAAGUCAACAGCUUGCCACUCAGAAGGCUC